UUGUCGCGUAUUGCGGUAUCUUAAUCUCUGAUCUGGCCCUGAUGCUUCUCCCAUCGAUAAAGAGCCAAGCUACUCAUUCUUGCUUCUCUCUCAAAAAAGGUUACUCACUCUUCCGUCUGGUUCCCGGUAGUUUCUUCAUCUACACAAACCGUACAGCGGUGCUGCUGGUGGCCUUGGUGUUCUCUUUGUUGUCCAGGGCGGUGUCCUUUUUACUACUGCUCUGUUUCCAGUUGCAAAAGCUCGACAGGACGAAUGGCAGAGAUCAGGAGCGGUAGCAUGGUGAACAAGAGAGACCUCGAAAGUGAUCAGCCCUGCAAGCUGUCGCACCAAUUUAUAAGACAUAUUACAAAGGAUUUCGACGAAACACUGGUAAUUGGAAGUGGUGCAUUCGGGACAGUUUACAAGGGUGUUUGUGAAAGCGGAGAAGAGAUGGCUGUGAAGAAACUACAUAACAUGUCAUUUGAUAGCAAGGAAUUUCAAAAGGAGUUUGAAAACCUUAGGAGGCUCAAGCAUCAAAAUGUCGUUCUGCUAAAGGGUUUCUGCAACGAAUCAGAGGAAGUAGUUGUUGAAUAUCAAAUGAGGCAAGUUCUUGCUGAAAAGAGGCAUACGGCACUCUGCUUCGAGUUUGUACGCAAUGGUAGCCUUUCCAAGCAUAUUUCUGCUGAUGGAUACUCUGGACUUAAUUGGCAUACACAAUACAAAAUAAUUAAAGGCAUCUGUGAUGGGUUACAAUAUCUUCGACAUGGAUUGGAGUUUUCAGUAUGGCACUUGGAUUUAAAACCUGGUAAUAUAUUGCUAGAUGAAAAUAUGAUUCCCAAAAUUGCUGAUUUUGGUUUAUCAAGAAUCUUAGGUGAUGAGAACACAAAAAGGACAAUAAAUAAGAAUGGUACAUGUGGUUACAUGCCACCAGAGUAUAUAGAGCAUGGGUUAGUUACAAAGGAGUUUGACAUAUUUAGCUUGGGAGUCAUAAUUGUGAAGUUAAUGGCUGGACGUGAAGGCUACUCCAAAAUUGAUGAAAUGACCGAGAACAGAUUUGUUAAAAUGGUACAUGCCAAUUGGAGGAAAAGGUUACGUGAAAUAUUGGGGCCUAGACCUCUUGAAGUAUAUUGCGAACAAGUCAAGAUGUGCAUUCAGAUAGCUCUAAAAUGCAUGAAGCGCAACCGCCAAGAAAGGCCGACUAUACAGUUCAUUGUCUCCAAUUUGAUAGACACAGAAAUAUUGAUAGGGAAACUAGGGCUACAGACGGAACUGAUGUGGACGUACGAGGCGGGGCCGAUGGUCGGAUACGCGUACGAGCGACUGACGCGGACGCUGCGGUCGAGCGCGCGAUCGGUGAGGAUAGUCAAGGUGGCCGUGCACCAUCACCCGGCGACUCUGCUGUCACUACAAUUCUCCAAGCCGGCGGGGUUCAGAUACAAGAGCGGACAAUACAUUUUCGUCAAAUGCCCUGUUGUAUCACCAUUCGGGUGGCGCCCAUUCUUCAUCACAUCGGGGCCGGAGGACGACUACGUCAGCGUCCACAUCAAGACGCUCGGCGACUGGACCAACAAGCUCAGGAACACCUUCUUAAAGGUUUGCCGGCAGCCGACGGGUGGGAAGACCGAGAUGCUCCACACAGAGUACGACAUGCCCAACCUGAACGACGGACAUAACUUGCCGAAGGUGCUCAUCGACGGGCCUUACGGUGCGCCGGCGCGGGACUACAAGCAGUACGACACCUUGCUACUGGUGGGACACGGCAUCCGUGCCACGCCCAUGAUCUCGAUCGUUAAGGAUGUCAUCACCAACGCUAAGCGGCUCGGUGGGGAAGCUGAGUCCGACAACGGCCACCCCGGCGACUCGAGCGCGUUCCGGACUCGUCGAGCCUACUUCUACUGGGUCUCUCGGGAGCUGGAGUGGUUCCGUGGAGUCAUGGACGAGGUGGCUGAGGCGGACGAGAAGCGUAUCAUCGAGCUCCACAACUAUUGCACCACCGUCUACGAUGAAGGCGACGCCCGGCAGGCGCUCAUCGCUAUGCUCGAGUCCCUCAACUAUGCCAAGAACGGCGUCGACGUCGUCUCCGACUGCCGCGUCAUGACCCACUUCGGCCGCCCAGACUGGCGCCAAAUCUACGCGCACAUCGCCCUCGAGAACGGGGGAAAACGCGUCGGAGUGUUCUACUGCGGCAAGCCGGUGCUGACAAAUACGUUGCGUGAUCUUGCGAAGGAUUUCUCGAGAGAUACAAGUACAAAAUUUGAGUUCCACAAGAAAAACUUCUAGUUUUGUGAGGCUGGUCAUAGUGGGGAGUAACUUAGAGUAGUAACAUGCAUACGUUACUACUCUAUGUUACUAUCCUUAUAGUGGGAAGCGUUAUAUAUGUAGUAACAUACACACGUUUAUUUAUUGUUUUGUAGACUCAUUUUGCAUUGGAAAGCGUUAUGUGAUGGUAACAUAUUAGGUUACUCUA